CUAAGCAUUAUACAUCUCUGAGCACCUCGGCACCCAUCCCGUUCCCGCCCCCGUCCCCAGCCUCUUCCUACUCUUCUUCCUCUCCCUUUCUCAUAGAGAGGUGAAUCUAGUGCUUGUAUCUGUCGGCGCCACAGACCGCUCUGCAAGCCCCAGCUAAGGACCCGCGAACGAAUCCCGGAGUCCAGAGAUUGGUGGUGGCUCCUUCUAAUCGCACUUUGCCUGAAGUGGGGUCGCGGCGGAGUUCUUUCUCCACCUUUCGGUGUAAACACUAUGCGGAGAGCAAACGGCUUCCCUGCGCUGUGCCUGCUUCUUAAUCUUCACGCUGCAGGGUGCUUUUCAGGAAAUGAUGAUCACUUUUUUGGAAGUCAUCAGAAGAGGAGUGGGAAGCCAGUAUUUAUUUAUCACCAUCCUCAAGGUAUUGAGAAGAGCCUGGAUAUAACUCCGCAAAAGAUAUAUAAACACAGUUAUCAUUCCUCCUCUCAAACUCAAGUAAGCAAACACCACCAAAUUGUUAAUUCAGCAAUUCCUAGACCUGCAUAUGACCCAUCUCUCAAUCUGUUGACCAUGGCUGGUCAAGAUCUUGAAGUGGAAAAUCUUCCAAUCCCAGCAGCAAAUGUAAUUGUGGUGACACUGCAGAUGGACGUAAACAAACUGAAUAUAACGUUGCUUCAGAUAUUCCGCCAAGGAGUGGCGGCAGCUUUAGGAGUCUUACCCCAGCAAGUUCACAUCAACCGUCUCAUUGGAAAGAAGAACAGUGUUGAACUAUUUGUAUCUCCUGUAAACCAAAAAACAGGAAUUUCUGAUGCUUUGCCAUCUGAUGAAGUGCUACGUUCACUUAAUAUCAAUGUUUUACAUCAAAGUUUAUCUCAAUUUGGAAUUACAGACGUCUCCCCUGAGAAAAAUGUUUUACAAGGGCAGCAUGAAGCGGACAAAAUCUGGAGCAAAGAAGGAUUCUAUGCUGUUGUCAUUUUUCUCAGCAUCUUUGUUAUUAUAGUAACGUGUUUGAUGAUCCUCCACAGACUAAAAGAAAAAUUUCAGCUUUCCUUGAGACAAGAUAAAGAGAAAAACCAGGAGAUCCACCUCUCGCCUAUCGCGUUACAGCCAGCACCGUCCGAGGCGAAGGCACUCACCAGCAUGGUCCAGCCCGAGCAGUUCCCGAAGGUGCUGAGCGUCGUUGUGGAUCCUCAGGGCCGAUGCAUCCCUGAGAUCAAAGCCGCCACCUCUGCCUGCCCUUCUCCUUUCAGAAUGAAGCCUGUAGGACUUCAGGAGAGGCGAGGGUCCAACGUAUCUCUUACAUUGGACAUGAGUAGCUUGGGGAACGUUGAACCCUUUGUGGCUGUAACAACCCCUCGGGAGAAGGUAGCAAUGGAGUACCUGCAGUCAGCCAGCCGGAUCCUCACAAGGUCACAGCUGAGGGACGUCGUGGCAAGUUCACAUUUACUCCAGAGUGAAUUCAUGGAAAUACCAAUGAACUUUGUGGAUCCCAAAGAAAUUGAUAUUCCACGGCAUGGAACUAAAAAUCGCUAUAAGACUAUUUUGCCAAAUCCCAUCAGCAGAGUGUGUUUAAGACCAAAAAAUGUAACUGAUGCUUUAAGCACCUACAUUAAUGCUAAUUAUAUUAGGGGCUACAGUGGCGAGGAGAAAGCAUUCAUUGCCACGCAGGGCCCCAUGAUCAACACCGUCAAUGAUUUCUGGCAGAUGGUUUGGCAGGAAGACAGUCCUGUGAUUGUUAUGAUCACAAAACUCAAAGAAAAAAAUGAGAAAUGUGUUCUGUACUGGCCAGAAAAAAGAGGGAUAUAUGGGAAAGUAGAAGUUCUGGUUAUCAAUGUGAAAGAAUGUGAUAACUACACAGUUCGAAACCUUGUCUUAAAGCAAGGAAGUCACACCCAACAUGUGAAGCAUUACUGGUACACUUCAUGGCCUGAUCAUAAGACUCCAGACAGUGCCCAGCCCCUUCUGCAGCUCAUGCUGGACGUAGAGGAAGACAGACUUGCUUCUGCUGGCCGAGGGCCUGUGGUUGUUCACUGCAGUGCAGGGAUAGGUAGAACCGGGUGUUUUAUUGCUACAUCCAUUGGCUGUCGACAGUUGAAAGAAGAGGGAGUUGUGGAUACACUAAGCAUUGUCUGCCAGCUUCGUGUAGACCGGGGUGGAAUGGUCCAAACCAGUGAACAGUAUGAAUUUGUUCAUCAUGCCCUCAGCCUGUUUGAGAGCAGACUUUCAGCAGCAACUGUCGAGUGAUUCACUGAAGACUUAGCAGAGCAUCAAUCUCUUGGGGUGAUAAUUCAAAUUACCCACCUGAAGCUCCUAAAAGGAGCUUCCUGCAAUGUACGGAAAGCGAAGCUCCAAAGCCAACCUGUGGCAUGGAUUGCAGAAGACUCGACGACAUAUUUAAAGAUCGCCAGCCCUUUGUGUAUAUGAAUGCAUUUGUAAGCAUCCUCCAAAAUGUUUUGAAUGGCCUAUGCUAAUGGAGGUAUGAAAGAUUUCUCACACAUCCUAAGGCAGGUUUUGUUUUGUCUGUAUUGACUAUUUGCCACACUGAAUGUAUGUAACAUUCUGAUACAUGCCAUCAGGUGAUGACUGGAAAAGUUAUUGAAGACAUUAUUAUUGCGUGUUUAGAAGCUUUAAUGUCUGCAAAAUCUGUCUUGUGAAUGGACUGUCAGCUGUUAAACUGUUCUCAUUUUAAGUGCUAUUACCUUUCUCAGUUACCAGAUUCUUGCUGCUAAAAUUUGCAAGUGAUUGACAGUGGUUUUUAACAAAUAAGUCCUGUUUUUGAAAAAAAUCAAAAGCAGUAGCUAUUUUAUAUGGAAAUGUAUCUUGAUAAUAGUACCUGUUAAAUGUAUAUUCAUGGUACCUCCUAUCAAUCAAUUACAGAGCACAAUGAUUGUCUUUGGAUAUAUAUGAAUUUACUCUAUUAUUGGGCAUAGAGGUGGCUUCUGCUCCAGAACUCUAUCCCAUUUAUUUCUACAUUGUGAGUCAUUUUACUUUAAAAAGGAAAAACAAAUUUGUAGCAACUAUGAAAUAUCAAGAUUUUAAAUACUUGUCUGUCUUUUACUAAGAGAGAACUUUUGAAUAUGCUGUCUACCUGGGACUCUCUCUUCCAAAAAAAGGCAGAUGCCUCUGGGAAUGAUGUAACCUCUCCCAUUUCCAGACGUUCUUCAAAAGGAUGCUGCCAUGUAUGUCCUUAAAUUUCUGAAAGGUUUUAAUCCUCAAGAGAUAAACGAAGUUAGAAUAACUAAACUCAGCAGGCACUAGGUGUUGAGCUCAUGUAUGGAUUUUUAAUGCCACAAUGUUGACUUUGUUUCAUACUGCCAAUAAACUACUCUUAAUACUAAA